CUCACGGAACCGUCUCACUCGCCAUUUCCGCUCCCUUCUUUUGUCCUUAUGGAUUCGUCUUUCCAUCUGGUCAUCCCGGUAGUCCACAGAGUUUGUCCCCACCCACCUUUGAGCUACGAUGGCGUGGAGAUGCCAAAGCUGGAGGGCUUCGAGUUCUGGAGCCGCACGCUGGGCGGCGCCCGGCACGUGGUGGCCCCCAUGGUGGACCAGAGCGAACUGGCUUGGAGGCUGCUGAGCCGCCGCCACGGGGCCCAGCUCUGCUACACGCCCAUGCUGCACGCCCAGGUCUUCGUGCGCGAUGCCAACUACCGGAAGGAGAACCUGUACUGCGAGGUGUGCCCGGAGGACCGGCCCCUCAUCGUGCAGGUCACAGGUGAAUUCUUGUGGGGCCCAGCAGCCAAGGGACCAGGGCCUGGCUGGGGUUCAUGGCAGCUGUCGCGGCUCUUCCAGUUCUGUGCCAACGACCCAGAAGUGUUCGUCCAGGCGGCUCUCCUAGCUCAGGAUCACUGUGACGCCAUCGAUCUGAAUUUGGGCUGCCCACAGAUGAUAGCCAAGCGAGGUCACUAUGGAGCCUUCCUACAGGAGGAGUGGGACCUGCUCCAGAGAAUGAUUCUGCUGGCCCACGAGAAACUCUCUGUCCCGGUCACAUGCAAAAUCCGUGUCUUCCCCGACAUCGACAAAACCGUGAGGUAUGCCCGGAUGCUGGAGAAGGCUGGCUGCCAGCUGCUGACCGUGCACGGGCGCACCAAGGAGCAGAAGGGGCCGCUGUCCGGCCCUGCGUCCUGGGAGCACAUCAAGGCCGUGCGGAAAGCAGUGGCCAUCCCCGUGUUUGCCAACGGGAACAUCCAGUGCUUGCGGGACGUGGAGCGCUGCAUCCAGGACACAGGGGUGCAGGGCGUCAUGAGUGCGGAAGGCAACCUGCACAAUCCCGCCCUGUUUGAGGGCCGCAGCCCCGCAGUGUGGGAACUGGCCGACGAGUACCUGGCCAUCGUGCAGCGGCACCCCUGCCCCCUGUCCUACGUCCGGGCCCACCUCUUCAAGCUGUGGCACCACACGCUGCAGGUGCACCAGCAGCUUCGAGAGGAGCUUGCCAAAGUGAAGACCCUGGAGGGCAUCGCCGCGGUGAGCCAGGAGCUGAAACUUCGGUGUCAGGAGGACAUGUCCAGGCAGAAGGAGGGGGAGAAGCCUGCAGGCGGCUUGCCAUUCUUCCACUGGAUCUGCCAGCCCUACUUCCGGCCAGGGCCCAAGGAGGGCAGUAGGGAGAACGGGGCUGCCCGCAGCAAGCGGGCCCUGGAGGAGGAGGAGGGCAGCGUGGACGUCCUGUCUAAGAACAAGCAGAAGAAGCAGCUGAGGAACCCCCAUAAGACCUUCGACCCCUCGCUGAAACCAAAAUAUGCAAAGUGCGACCAGUGUGGAAACCCAAAGGGCAACAGGUGCGUGUUCAACCUGUGCCGGGGCUGCUGCAAGAAGCAGGCUUCCCAGGAGACUGCGGACUGCCCAGGUCACGGACUGCUUUUUAAAACCAAAUUGGAGAAGUCUCUGGCCUGGAAGGGGGCCCAGCCUCGGCUUCCGGACCCUCAGCAGGCCGGGCCCAGGGAGCCCACUGGCUUCCCUGAGGUUGUGGGCAGUGCCUUGGCCUGAAGAGCGAGGGAGCCGGACACACUGCCCCUCCGGGCCCAGGACUGCUGCUGGAGAGUGAGUCCCUCGUAAGGAAACGCCUCGACUCAGGGAGUCCCCGCCACUUCAUGCGGAAAGACGAGCUGACGGCCCGCCCCGACCCGCGCUGGGGCCCAGAGUGCUGCGCCAGCGAGCAGGCUCCCAGGCUGGACCUGCCCUGUCCUCGCAACUUGCGUGUGUCCGACCGCAACCGCGAACAAUAAACCACGUCAAAGACGCAUGCAGA